AUGCAACCACAACAAAAACUUGAACCUUACAAGAAAGUUAGACAAGCACAAUUCCUUUUCCAAGCACGUGCUUUCAGAGAGAAUAAUCAUGUAUUAACCAAGAAGGAAUUUGAACAAUUCAAAGCAUACUUUAUUGAAACAUUGUCUACAAACGAGUUUUACGCCGAAGAUCCUAAAAAGGAGGAGCCAGUAAACCCAUUCGACCCGAACUCUAACGAGGCCAUUAUGCAAAUGGCAAAGGGUAACUUACUCAACUACAUCCCACAAACAUUGAUUAUGGGAUGGGUCAACUACUUCUUUGCUGGAUUUGUCAUUAUGAAACUACCAUUCCCACUUACCGAUGGGUUCAAAAGCAUGUUGCAGAACGGAGUCAUGACUCCCAAUUUGAAUGUGCGUUAUGUGUCCUCCAUUUCGUGGUAUUUUGUCAAUUUGUUCGGAUUGAGACCUGUGUAUUCUAUCCUUAUGGGGUCUUCUGAAGCGGAUGAAAUUAUGAAACAAACAUCACAGCAGCAGCAGCAACAACCGCCAAUGCCGAACAUUGGUGGACCGGGUGGACCUAAAGUUGAUAAGGUGUUUGCUGCUGAGGCGGAGAAUAUUCAGAUUUUGGAUCAUGAGUCUGUUUAUGAUGGUAUUGUAAAGAGGUUUAUUGAAGGGUAUAGUCGAUAA